AUGCAGUUCGGUUUCCUGGCCGCUUUCGCUUGGAUGUUCGUUAUGUCGGCCGACGUUUGGGUCGUGCUGCACGUGUCCACGAAGAAACCGCGGGUGGCCGGCGGCCAGCGUCACGGCCGGUUCAUCGUAUAUUCGAUGUUUGCCUGGCUCGCGCCCGCCGCACUCACUGCACUGUCCGCUACCACACAAUUGCAACUGGCCCCUGUCGCGCCGUUCCCCGAGCUCAGGCCCAACUUCUAUUACGAAUGCUGGUUCCGGAACCCGCAGUCACUGGUCGCCGCAAUGUUCGCGCUGCCGGCCGGAACUGCGAUCGCCGCCAACCACGUGUCGUAA